AUGCCAGAGGUGCUUGGGUUCAGAAUUUCUGUUGAAAUGGAGGGUCGCGAAUUGCCAGAGUACAAGGAAGAAGUCGACUAUUCGUCAGGGAUACCCGUGGCCACUUGUUGGAUACCCUCAGAGGCAGGAAAGACAUUCCAGGUGAAUGUGCGCCCACCGCCAGUGCGCUCCUCGCACUGGUCGUUCGUCGUGUCCCUCGAUGGGAUGUGUGCCGUGAUGAGGAACACUCUUCUCUUCAGAGACGCCCCAAAUGACAGACUUUCGCUGGCGGAAGAAGUAAUUGGCAAUGGGCUGUCCCGAACUUUUAAAUUUUCGAACAUCCAGCUUACAGAUGACGAUUCCAUGCUGAAUUCCCGUGCUGCGGAUAAAAUAGGGGAGAUUGGACUCAGCCUCAGCAGUGUGACAGGGUGCAUCCCCAUCUUCAACCCCAGAUACUCGAAUUUGCAAGCUGCGGGUCGGAUGCAUGAAAAGUCGAAGAAGGGGCUUGCUCAUUGCGUCCAGCCAGGCGAGGUUCGUCAGACUGGACAGCUCAGUUGGUACCAGACGUUUGGCCAGCAGCAUGAAGCAACGAUUCUGUUCAAAUACAGGAACUUGGAUAUCCUCGUUGCUCAAGGUAUCGCUCCGCGACAUGCCCUCCCGGAGCCAAACCGACAGCCCUCUCCCCCGCCUAGAGCGCCUGCAGCGCAAAGGAACGCGUCGGCCGGUCCGUCCAACCCCAGGAAGCGGAAGUCAUCGCCUAUCAGGAUUGAAAUAGAUAUUGACGAAGAGAUACGGCUGAUUGAAGAGGAAAAGGAGUUGGAGGCUCGACUUGCCGCCAUACGCGCGAAGAAACGUGCAAAGACGGUGAAGGUUGCGGUCAAGUCGGAGGCGCGGUCUAAUUUCGUCCCUGGCGAGGUUAUUGACCUCACCUGACAGACGUCGA